AUCUCCAAUUCCUUUAAUCUAUACCUCUUUAGAUUUUACUUCUUAUUUCUCAUUUCAUGCAAGUUGUUAUUCUAAGUUAAAUGAUUUAUCACGGUGUUAAAUAUAUACUCAAAGUCAAACAUGAGAUAUUAUUUUAAUAGUUAAUAUUUCGCAUAAUGUUUCAAUUUUUAAAUUAACGCAAUUAUAUAUGAUUAUAAUAUUGGAUCCUACAGGAAGUAGGUGUUUUAAAGUGACAUCAUUAGUUCCAUGACCAACAAAAAUCGAAACUGUGAAUGUAUGUAUUUGUAGUAAAACGAAGUUAUAUAGAUUUAAUUUAACCUUAAUUUUUUUAUUUCUACUUGUACAACACAUAUGUAUGUUCACGCACGCACGCCAUAUCAAUAACAAUGGAGAUAUUUGGGCUUACUUUGACCGGUUACGGCAAUUAUUUUCCCGAAACAUUAAACAAAGAUUAUAAAGAACCAGUUGUAUUGCCGAAUAUUAAAGAAAUUCUAGAAGAACGUUUACGUCUUAAUAAAAAUCGGAGUUUCAGCGAAGUUUAUAACAAGCUUGAUCCGAUUCUUGGUACUACCGAUGGCUUUUCAUACGGAAGUAACAAGCGCAUAUAUUUGCAAAGAAAGAAAGGUUUAUGGAAACCAGUUGGACCGACGGAUAUCUAUAGAAUACCAACGACGAGAGCGCAAGAGAUCGGAUUUUGGACAGUGGAUUCUUUAUUAUCUGAAGCAAAUUGGUUCAAGUCGACAAAAAAUUACGGCAAAAGAUACAGCGAAAUAACAAAAACAUUUCACAAAUUAAGGCUCGCUGAUCCAUUGAUACCUCUUUAGAUAAAUUUCAUCGCAUAAAUUUCGUCAAAGAUCUCUCUCUCUCUCUCUCUCGACUCGCAG